GAACUAGAUAAUGUGCAACUUUGAUAAAAGAACAAAAUACUUAUACUUUUAAUCAAAAAUGAAAACUGUGUUUCUUGCAAUUUUCAUGGUCAUGAUUGUGGCCUCCUUAGCUGAUAUUAUACAUUUGUCUCGUGGAAAUUGUGGUGAAAAUGAAGUAGAAGAUUGCGAACCCUGCUGUCCCCAAGCGGAAGUUACAUGUCAAAACAAAGUAGCUCAACCAUGUGGUCAACCUUGUCCACUAAGUUGUAUCAUUAAAUGCGUUUGUGCUAAGGGAUACUUUAGAGAUACUACGAGCGAUCAGUCUGAUGGAGCUGAGCACCUAAGUAAUACGGCUGUGAACAGUACGAGCGAGAAUUCACAGUUAGCAAAUAUUGAAGAUCUAAGUAACACUAAUAGCUCAAUCGAACAUAAUGUGUUUCCGAUAGUUGCUGUCAACGAGGAAGACAAUGCCAAUAUUGGAGUUGUAGAAAAUGAGGAAGACGAAGAAGACGGCACAGCAAUUUACAUAACUUCAAAGAAAAUCCAAGAGCUUAGAGAUCUUGCUAACAUGUCCAUGGUAAAACAAGCUAACAGAAUACUACAGCAUUCUAAUGAUAGAUUACUGUUGCAAAAGUAG